UAUGUAGUUGACUGGUGGGGGUGUACGAUGACAGUAUUUGUUAGAGAUCCUUGUGGUAUUGUAUGUAUUUUGAUGACAUAUGUGGCUGUGCUUUAUGCAGAUUACGUAGUAGUAAGAUGGAUUAUUCUACAGACUAUGCAAAACAGUCUUUGGGGACCAUUCCAUGUUGUACUCUUCAAUACAAUUGUUUUUCUGCUUGGGAUGGCACAUUUGAAAGCAGUUUGUUCGGACCCUGGCGUUGUGCCGUUACCUCAGAACAGAGUCGAUUUUUCUGACAUUCAUUCAGGGUCACAGAAUUCACUACAGCGAGAGGAUUGGACUGUGUGUACAAGAUGUGAAACCUACCGACCACCAAGAGCGCAUCACUGCCGAAUUUGCAAACGUUGUAUACGCAGAAUGGACCAUCAUUGUCCAUGGAUAAAUAAUUGUGUUGGAGAGCAAAACCAGAAGUAUUUCAUCCAGUUCCUGGUUUACGUUGGUGCCCUAGCAGCGUAUGCAAUUAUUCUUGUGAUAGUUUCAUGGGUAAUGGAUUGCCCAGAAUGCAGUAAUGAAGUGACAGUAAAGCAGAGUAGAAUCUUACACUGUGUGAUACUUGUGGUGGAAAGUGCCCUGUUUGGAAUGUUUGUGUCUGCAAUCUUGGUGGAUCAGUUUCAAGCGAUAUUCAGUGAUGAGACAGCAGUGGAACAGGUGCAGCAGCAGGGUCCAUAUAGACCCCAUAAACACAAAUGGGCACUUCUCACGGAAGUGUGCGGCCGCAGUCAUCCUAUCUUUUGGCUGCUGCCGUGUGCCAGUGUACCUAAACACUUGGAAGAGCCAUUGCUCAACCACACUGUCUGAAAUUGUGUGUACUGUGACGUGAAGUGUUUAAACUGGAUAUUUGUUAUGUUGCUUUAUAAUUUAAAUUUGCCGGGUGAUUGCAGUGAUAAUCUCGAGCAUAUUUCAUUAACUGGAUGAAUAAUGUUGUAAAAGUGCUAUUGUGAGUCAUAUGGCUGAGAGUAUAUUAAGAUUUUAAUUUGUUAUUA